AUGACUGUUCAAGCUGGCAACGGCGAGACUGACAACUGCCAUAGCCUAAACUUCAUCGGGUCGGGCGUAGUCUUCCAUGUCCCAAGUUUCUUCAGCGAGCUCGCCGAACUAGAGGCAAAGGGGCUAUCCGCGGUACAUGAUCGAAUCCUUGUUUCUGAUAGAGUCAAUAUCCUCCUGGACUUGCACAUAGCAGUGGAUGGCCUCGAAGAGAGGGAACUUGGAGACGCAGCUAUCGGAACAACGAGACGCGGCAUUGGUCCAUGCUAUCAGACAAGCAGAGCGCGAACUGGCAUCAAAAUGACCGACGUCUUCUACCCGGACCUUUUCGAGCAGAAGGUGAGGCGCUUAGCCGAUGGCUAUCAAAAGCGCUUCGGAGAAUUGUUCGAAUACGACAUCAAGGCCGAGCUUGCUCGUUUCAAUGAGUACAGGGAGACGCUAAAGAAGUACGUUGUGGACGGCGUGUCCUUCAUGAGGUCCGCACAGGAGAGCGACGCGAAAAUUGUCAUUGAAGGCGCAAACGCACUGAUGCUAGACAUUGAUUAUGGCUCUUACCCAUUCGUCACCUCUUCAAGUACUACGCUUGCUGGCAUUAUUGGUGGACUCACACUGAAUCCAAGGAACAUCACAGAGACGGUUGGAGUGGUCAAAGCUUAUACCACCCGUGUCGGGGCGGGGGCCUUCAAGACCGAAGAUACUGAAGAGAUUGGCACCAAGCUCCAGGAGAUUGGACGCGAAUGGGGAACGUCGACUGGCCGCAGACGCCGAUGUGGAUGGCUCGGUAUGCAUAAAAUUGAGAUUUUAAUACUCGACGUUUUGGAUACUUUCGAAACGAUCAAGAUCGCCAUCGCCUACAAGAUCGACGGAGAGGAGCUGGACUCUUACCCUGCGGAUCUUAACAUCCUGAACCAAGCUGAGGUGGUUUACCACGAGAUGCCAGGCUGGCAAAAGCCGACCACCAACGCGAGGACCUACGACGAUCUCCCCAAAGAGGCCCGCGAUUAUGUUGAGUACAUUGAGAAGUUUGUCGGAGUCAAGAUCAAGUACAUCGGCACUGGCCCUGACCGUGACGCCAUGAUCCAGCGCCCCUGA